UGGUCUCCAGCCACAGGAAACAAGACAAAGGGAAGUUAUUACCCAUAGGUCCAAGAUUCAUGGGCUACUAGCUUAGGAAGACAAGUGUACGAUGGUAAAAGGUGGGUAGAGGGAGGCGAUCCUUAGGUCUGAGAUUGUGCUGGUGGAAGACGGCAGGCUUCUUACCCUUGUGAGGUGAAAGAAAGGAUGCGAAGGAAACUCGUCAAACAAUUAGUUUACCCACCAAAUGUCGAAAGUUGAGUCGACUUGCACGGGCUCCAGCCUUAGUAGCGACGCAGUUUCCGGGGAUCUUCGUAGCCACCGCCUUCGUAUCCUCGUUUCCGGCUGUCAUCGUCGCGAGGGCGAUCGUAGUCCCUGUCCCUGUCACGAUUCCCACCUUCUCUGCGGCCAAUGGGUUCCAUGUUACUGCCAGUACGGCGUCCUUCGCGGUCUCGGUCGCCACGGUCACCUCGGUCACCACGUUCUCGGUCACGAUCGCGGUCACCGCGGUCGCCACGAUCACGAUCACCAUAUCGACCGCCGCCAUCUCGGUGACCGCCGGAUCUAUCAUCAUAUGAGCGUCCACCACGAGACUCAUACCCACCACCGGAGAAGCCCCUGUCACCUCCAUUUCGUCGGUCGAAUCCUCCAGGACCGGAUGGGGCUCCGUUGGGCGCUCCAAAACCGCCCCACGGCCACCACCAAAGCCUCCACGGAAACCGCCUCGGCCACCUCGGCCACCCUCGAAUCCUCCCUUGAAGCCGCCACGGAAGCCGCCGCCGCCUCCGCCGCCUCCUCCUCCAAAGCCUCCAGGGCCACCAGGGCGAGAGGGCAUUGCUCUAGUAUAGCCUCGGCCACCGAGGCCACCACCUAACCUGCGAGGCAGCCAGUUCUUGGCAGUCCUGC